AUGUACUGUGAAAUACCGAGGCUUAUGCGCUGCUGCUUCUGCCUGCCGCUGAGGAAAGGCACCUUGAUCUUCGGAUACAUAAACAUUCUGUUCUCUGCGUUAAUGGUGGGGCUGUACAGUUACUCCGUACACAAGGAUGUCGGGCUGACGAUUGUCUUCCACGGCUCAACCGCCGAUCUGGACGAUGCAGUGUGCAUCGGAAUCUACUGCGUUGAGAUUGUGAUGAACAUAUUACUGGUUUACGGGGCACAUGUGAGGAAUUUGUUGAUCAUGAAAGCCUUCUAUUAUUAUGGGAUCACGACAACGUUGAUGACAUUCGUCCUCCAGAUAAUGGGAAUAGUCACUUCGACGCAUUUCGGGUUGGCUAUCGAAAUGAUGGCCCUGUUUUGCACAGGUCUUUGUAUACACGUAUACUUGAUUAUCGUGGUGAGGAGUCUUUUAAUCAAGUUGGAAAUAUCAGAUUCCCAUGCGUAUGAAAAUCAACUGCAACAGAUAGUCAGUGGUGAAUUGAAGGUUGACGGAAACGGAGUGUACCCAAGCACAGUAGUGCCGAACAACACUGCG